UCGUCGACAAAAAUAUUCAGCUCCUUAAGGUAGUGGGAGCAAACACCAAUUAGGACAAAAUACAUCCACGCACUUGUGUGCAGAUGAUUGUAAAUCUUUAGCGCAAUCUGUUUGUCACAGGACAAUGUCGGGAGUGGACCAAUUAAAGACCAAGGAAUUUUGGAGGCCCAUAAGUGCCGAAUUUCUAGCCAUGUUCCUGUUUGUGCUCGGCGGAGUUUCCUCCACCAUCGAUAGGGAAUCAGCUCCAUCAAACAGCAAUAGUACAGCGAGCCAGUCGGACCGCACGAAGCACAUUUCGCUGUGCUUCGGUUUGUCCUCUGCCACGAUGGUUCAGUGCUUUGGCCCCGUCAGCGGCGGACACAUCAACCCGGCCGUCACGUUGGCGAUGGUCGUGACCAGGAAAGUGACCAUCAUCAAGGGGGUGUUCUACCUGCUGGCCCAGUUAGUCGGUGCAGUCGCAGGUGCCGGGAUCGUGCACCUCUUCUCGCCCUCCGACUUCCGGGAGAACCUGGGCGUCACCAGGUUGGGUAAAGAUGUCUCGGGAGAACUCGGCCUACUGGUGGAGCUUCUCUUAACGUUCCAGCUGGUCUUCACCAUAUUUGCCUCAUGCGACCCCAAACGCACCGACCUGGGCGGAUCCGCUGCCCGUGCCAUCGGCGUGUCCGUAUGGAUUGGUCACUUAUUUGGGAUUCCUUUCACAGGAGCCAGCAUGAACCCCGCUCGUUCCUUCGGCCCAUCGGUGAUCACGACUAAUUUUAAGGAUCAUUGGGUUUACUGGGUGGGACCCUUCCUGGGCGCCAUCAUGGCCGCACUCCUGUACGAGCACAUCUUCUGCCCAUCUUCCGGCGAACCGAGUCCAGGGCGGGUAAUACGCCGUGAAGCAAAUGGGGGCCUUCACAGAUAAGAUGUGAUCAAGUCCGUAAAGGCACCACCGCGCUCCGUGCGCACAUGUGAAAAAGGCGUGCGGACGUGAAAAAGGCGGCUCUGUAUGGGAGAGACGUUAAAGAGGAAUAAAAACACCCUUGGAAACCAAAACUUGCCCCUCAUCGUGACUCGGAGCCGCAACAAAUGUUUUGGAUUUGUGUAGGGUACAUUGUGACAGACAGCAAACGAGCAGGUGAUCGAGCAAGCGUCUGAUACGAGAGCAUUGCGGUCGCAUGGAGCGUGUUUGAAGU